AUGUUGUUCAACACUUUUGUCGUCACUGCUCUUGCUAGCCUUGCGGCCGCCACCCCCACUCGCAGAAACGAGCCCGCUGCCGGAUCCUGCAGCACUGGAGAACUUCAGUGCUGCAAGUCCGUGCAGUCCGCCGAUUCGAAAUCCCUGACUUCCCUAUUCGGACUGUUGGGACUCGUCGUUGGCGACAUCACAGGGCUCGUCGGUGUCACCUGCAGCCCCGUUACUGUUGUUGGUGCGGGAGGUGCCCAAUGUAACGCUCAGGCUGUCUGCUGCAACGACAAUAGCUUCAAUGGCUUGAUUGCACUUGGUUGCACUCCCAUCAACCUCAACCUCUAA